ACCUCGAAAAGGAGCUGCGCGCGGCAGCGGCGACCAUAUACCGGUCCCGUUAGCUGCUCUUGGAGUCGAGCGGGCCCCGAGCUCUCGGCAGUCUCCUCUUGGCUAGGAAGUCGGGUGCAGGCAGACAUAGACACACAGGCGACAUGUUGGCGCUUAUCCUCGCGGUGGGCCUGGGCCCUCUGCUUUUUCUUCAGACGACAACAGGACAACAGCAGGAGCUUCAGCCGCACGAAGCGACGAUGCUCAGCCGGGCCGCGGCGAUACUCGGAGUGACGAUGCUCCAGCUGCCCAUGGGAUCGGCUGCUGGGCCCAGAUCUGUCAGCAGGUACGUGCCGAAAUGGAAAAAGCAGGCAUGCGAAAUCCCGGCGACUCAGCAUCCGAACUCUCACUACAUCUGCGACGAGGCUGGCGAAGUCAAAUGUUUACCAGGAUGGACCGGGGAUCUGUGCGACGUGCCAAUUUGCCGGAAAGGAUGCGACCCUCUUCAAGGCUACUGCAGGAGACCCGGCGAAUGCCGCUGCAAACUUGGCUUCUACGGCGAGCUCUGCGACAAAUGCGUCGCCCUACCCGGUUGUCAGCAUGGCAGGUGUAACGUGAGCUUCGAGUGCGCCUGUGACCCAGGCUGGAAGGGACUGUUCUGCAACGAGCCGAUUUGCGCUUCCGAUUGCAAUCCCAGUCAAGGCUAUUGCGACAAACCUGGCGAAUGCAAAUGUCGACUUGGCUGGCAAGGACCUAUGUGCAAGCAAUGCUCCGUUCUACCAGGAUGCGUCCAUGGAACGUGUCAAGGCCCUCUUGAAUGUCGCUGUGAACCGGGAUGGACGGGAUUCUUAUGUUCCACGCCGAUCUGCGCACCGGGUUGCAGCCGAGAACACGGCGGCUGUCGCCGGCCCAAUAGCUGCAGAUGCCGCGUGGGUUACACCGGCCAGAACUGCACCGAGUGCGUGCCGUACCCGGGCUGCGUGCACGGCACCUGCAGGAAGCCCUGGGAGUGCAGAUGCAUGCCCGGCUGGACCGGUGACCUAUGCGACGAACGGCUCACCUACUGCGACAAGCAUCCGGACCUGUGCCAGAACAACUCGACUUGCGUCAGCAUGACGCCCGAGGCUGGAGAUUACAGAUGCGUCUGCCCACUUGGUUUCUACGGGCGCCAGUGCGAGAAGGAGACGGAAGUGCCAGCGACCGACCUAAUGCCACCCAAACCAGUGGAGCCUCUUGAUCUGAGUAGCAGCAGUAGCUCCAAGCCGGAAACCGAUGCUGAAACGAGCACUUCCGAAGCAGCUCAGCCUUCGUCUUCUAGCGAGGCGCCGACGUCCGAGGAAACUGCGGAACCUCUUGGCCCGAUCGCCAUCACCGAUCCUCCCGCGGAGACCGACGAACCACUGCAGACGGCCGGCAAGUGGCCCACCGAACCACCCACCGACUCGCCUCUUCUGCAGAUCGACGAGGAGAACGAGACAUGAGAAUCUUGUCCUUCCUCCAUAACAACGACUAGUUUCUUUUAAUUUAAUAGUCGUGCUAUAUAUAUAUAUAUAUAUAUAUAUAUAUAUAUAUAUAUAUAUAUAUUUAUUUAUUUAUUUAUUUAUUUAUUUAUUUAUUUAUUUAAUUGUAACUAUUACAAACUUUACUUGUAGUCAUGUGAUUAGAAUUAAAUUUUUAUAUGGAAAAAGCAGUCGUCUGUUAUUUUAUUAGUUACUUGAAAGUGUGUGACCAUCUACAAACAAGCGUUGAGAUUAUAAAGAGAGGAUUAUCGCCUUUUCUUAGUGUGAUAUUUUAUAAAAAGCGACUAAAUAUCAUAUUGUGCAAGCAAACGCGAGUCUAUCAUGCAGCUAAAAGCAUCUGGCAUUUUGAGAACAAUUAUUUAACGAAUUCAAGACAGUAAUAGGACUCUAUUUGUCUGAGAUAGAAGCAUAUAAUCAGCUUAUUAAAUGCGCUCAACAAAUUAUUUAUUAAACAUCAAUUUUUUCGUUUACAGAACAUCAUAUUUUAAAAUAGUUUUAAAAUUACACUAUGUAUGACAAACUUUUAUUUAGAAAAUAGUUUUAAGAGUCCAUUAUUAUCGAUUUCUUGUACCGACCUUUGCCGUUCAUGGUCAUUCUACUCAUGUAUUUAAAACCUGUUAGUUAUGGAUUAUUUCACAUUCCAUUUAUUAUGAAGCGGUGUCACGAAUUCUACAUAAGCAAAAGCAAUUUUAGAUGUAUGAUACUUUGCUAGUUCAAAUACAUAAAUCAUUUUAGAUUUCUUCAACGCCAUCGAUUGCUGAAAAGUAAAGUAAAUACGAAUGGUAGACAGUCUACUUUUAAACCUUAAGCGUACAACAACUCUGGUUGAAAAAAAAUGUAUCUUUCAAUAAACCUUAAUUAAAUUAGUACAUCAGAAAUCGUGCGAAAUUCUGAUUGAAACAAUGAAAUUUAUUAUUCAUGCAAUUUUAACAUUAGUUAAUUUACAACACAGUUUAGCACGUAUCCAAGAUUGUUAUUCUUUAAUCAAGGCUCAAGAGUAUAUUUUACAAUCGUACAAUCUUCAUCAUUUAUCACUUAUCUUCAAAAUUAAUACUAUCCAAAAUAUUGUAGAAUACAGAUACUUUUUACGUAGUAUCAUCACUCGAUUUCCUGCGACCAUAACAGAUUUUGAAAAAUUGAAGGUUAGUGGGGCGGAGCAAUUUUUAACAAAAUCAAGUGUUUGGAGCUCUAAGAAAAGUACAAUUUUCAUUGUGCUCUUAAGAGCGCCGGAAAAUGACACGCUUUUAAACCAAGAGAUCGAAUUUAAUCUAAAUUAUAUUGUUGAACUUUCUAAUUCAAAAGAACGACCGAAU